GAGUCGCUGACAUGUAACAAAUGCGAUGUGGGCAUGGUGGGCGUUUGCCUAAAUGCUGCUGAUCAGGUCUGCACAACCAACACAAGUAGCUGCUUCACUGGAAGAGCCAGUAAGUAUUGUAGAAUCAUGACUCUUUUUCGAUUUUCCAGUUCAUUCUUUGCCGACAGGGGUCCUGCGUGAUGAACGAGAUGUGAACGAGAGGCUUGUUGAAUCAUGAAUCCUACGUGCUACUAACUCAAAUGAACGAAAUGAGUCGAAAAGAUCAGAGUCAGUAAAAAGAGCUGAAAUUCCCAUUACUAGAUCUAAACUAGAGCUAACUAGAUAGUGGCUACAAGUAAACUGAUAUUUACGGUUUGGAGCUGCAGAGCAAGAAUGUCACGUUGCCAGCCACAACGAAAGGUAAGGCAAGGAUGUAAUGUCAAUUGAAAGCUUAUGCACAUUUUUUGUACAUUAAAAUAUCGUCCCGGUGCCUCUCCUUAAACUUUAAUCAAUGGGAAUAGCCCCUAACUUACCAAUCUAAAAAUUGUUAGUUGACAUGGCUAAUUGAGUGACUGACAUAACAAGAUAAAAAACUGCAGAUGCACAACAAAAUGUCACACCUUGUGUACUCUACUAUUCUAACACUCAACAGUAAGUUGAGACCCCAACUGAGUUCCAAAAAAAACCGGGAGCCCCGUUUUUGGAAAUUGAUCUGCGAGCCUACAAAAGGGGGGCCAAUUUCACCAGUUGCCCAUCCCUGCCCUGCCCUACACAAACACACACACACACACACACACACACACACACACACACACACACACAUACACACACACACACAGCAUCAGGUUAAUUAUCAUUCUAACCCUCAUAUCUUCUCUCUCUCUCUCUAGCCUUCCCCUCCCUCACUACUUUCGUAGGCUUCAACACCCAAGGCUGUCUGGAGGGUGCUAUGUGCAACACCACCACCAACGCCACCCUCCUGGGCGCCACCUACACCACCGUCAACACCUGCUGCGCCACCAACAAGUGCAACCCAGUCACAAUCAGCGGCGCAACCUCUGCCAAGCUCUCUGUCACCGCAGCCCUCGGCGCCGCCCUGGUGGCCUCCGUGUGGUGCAGCGUGCUGUAG